UUUUUUGGAUUUAUUUCAGCUUCAAGAUGUUUGUCGUUAUGUACAUGAAAAUCAACUUGAUUAUAAUCGUGAAAUGUUGGAUGAAAAAUUAAAUAUUAUUUGUAGAGAUAUGACUGGAAUUUUACGUAGAGUUGGUGAUAGUGGUGGAGGUGUUUAUAUAAUUAAUUAUGAAAAGGGUAUUGAAACACUUUGUUUGGAACAUAUAGAAUCAGCAAUAAGAGAAAAAAUAAAUGAUAAAGCUGUUAGAAUAUUUAGAUUAUUAAAUUCUAGAGGGUUUUUGGAAGAAGAACAGUUAGAAAAGGAGGCAAUGCUUUCUUCUAAAGAAACAAAAGAAUUGCGUUGUUCUUUAAUGGAUAAUAGCUUUAUUACAACUCGGCAAGUUGCUCGUGCCAAUGAUUUUGCCCCUGCUCGACUUACUUUUUUAUAUAUUGUAAAUAAAUCUCAAUUAUUAAGUGCUGUUAUUGACUAUACUUUACUGACAAUUAGAAAUGUAAUCAGAAGAAGAAUGGUUGAAAGAGAAAAAUAUGAGCCACUCUUGGAUCGCCAACUUAAAAUGGAAGUAAUUAUAAGUAGUAUCGAAAAUAACCAAAAUAUUGCUGAAGAUGAUGAAGAAACAAAAAAGGAACAGAUUGCGGAAGUAGAACGUGCCUACAUGACAACAGAAGAUCGUCGAAAUUUAGAACGUUUUCGUCGUGCUGAACGAAAAUUUUGUUCUGCAGAAAUUGAAUUGGGGCGUUUACAUUUUGCUUUAAAACAUUUUUAUCAAUUAAGACAACAAAUAAAUGCUGAACAACAAAGACAAAUUUCAACACAAGGAAAGCGUAAAAGAACAUAUCAACAAGCACAUUUUUCAUAG